AGAAGGAAACGCAACCCCUUCUCCUCCCAGGAGAAGAAAGAAGGAAAGAGCUCUACCUUCCAUCCGAUCGAACUCCGUCGAAUCCCAACCGGCGCCGACGAUCAUUUGGUUGGUAUAGGUGGCCGAUGUCACGGUUCGUAGACAAGCUCCCCUUCUUCGACCGUCGGUCGACCUCGCCGAUGGAGGAAGCCGAGGACAUCGGCCGCAGCGGCCUCCUUGUCCGCCACUCCCACCCCUCCGCCACCCUCGGCCAGCUCCUCAAGCACGUCGGCGACGUCAGCGGCGGCGAUAGCGCGGACAGCACCCCUCCCCACCACGUGCUCGAGCUCGGCGAAAUGGGCAGCCCUCCUGGCCGCGGUAGCUUCAGCCCCAGUCCCCUUAUCCCCUUCGUCCUUUCAUUCACCGACCUCACUUAUAGCGUCAGGAACCCCAAGAAGCUUUCGCUCUUCCCCUCCUUCUUCCGUAAGAACCCGCUUUCCGCGGAUCAGGUCUCCGCCGGUGAGGGAGCCGAGGCCUUCUCCCGGACGAAGACUCUCCUGGACUCGAUCUCCGGCGAGGCCAGGGAGGGGGAGAUCUUGGCCGUCCUGGGGGCGAGCGGGUCCGGCAAGUCUACCCUCAUCGACGCUCUGGCGAAUCGGAUCGCCAGGGAGAGCUUAAAAGGUUCCGUAACUCUCAACGGAGAAAACCUGGAAGGCCGGCUUUUGAAGGUGAUCUCGGCCUACGUGAUGCAGGACGAUCUCUUGUUCCCCAUGCUGACGGUGGAGGAGACGCUGAUGUUCUCGGCCGAGUUCCGGCUGCCGCGCACGCUCUCCGCCGCCAAGAAGCGGGCCCGGGUGUUGGCGCUCAUCGACCAGCUCGGGCUCCGGCAGGCGGCCAACACCAUCAUCGGCGACGAGGGCCACCGCGGGGUCUCCGGUGGGGAGAGGCGCCGCGUGUCCAUCGGCAUGGACAUCAUCCACGACCCCAUCGUCCUGUUCCUCGACGAACCAACCUCCGGCCUCGACUCCACCAGCGCCUUCAUGGUCGUCAAAGUCCUCCAACGCAUCGCCCACAGCGGCAGCAUCGUCAUCAUGUCAGUCCACCAGCCCAGCUACCGCAUCCUCGGCCUUCUCGACCGUCUGAUCUUUCUCUCCCGCGGCCAGACCGUCUACAGCGGACCACCCGACGGCCUGCCUCCCUUCUUCUCCGGCUUGGGCCAUCCGAUGCCGGAGAACGAGAACCCGACCGAGUUCGCCCUCGACCUCAUCCGCGAGCUCGAGAGCACCCCCGCCGGAUGCAGGUCUCUGAUCGAGCACAAUAAAUCCCGGCAAGCUGCGAAGCCCUCCAUCGCCGAGAAGCCGUCGACGCUCUCCCUGAAGGAUGCCAUCAGCGCCAGCAUCUCACGUGGCAAGCUCGUCUCCGGCGCCACAGAAGGCACCGGCCCGGCCUCGUCCGUCCCGACGUUCGCCAACCCGUUCUGGAUCGAGACGGCAGUACUGACCAAGCGCUCGGCCACCAACACCCGUCGCAUGCCGGAAUUAUUCGGCAUCCGGCUCGGCGCCGUGAUGCUGACCGGAUUCAUCUUGGCCACCAUCUUCUGGCGGCUCGACAAUUCCCCCAAGGGAGCGCAGGAACGCCUCGGCUUCUUCGCCAUCGCCAUGUCGACCAUGUUCUACACUUGCGCCGACGCGCUCCCCGUCUUCCUCCAAGAGCGCUACAUCUUCAUGCGAGAAACCGCAUACAAUGCUUACCGCCGCUCCUCCUACGUCCUCUGCAACGCCAUCGUCGGCUUCCCGCCGCUGAUCAUCCUGUCCAUCGGCUUCGCCCUCACCACAUUCUUUGCGGUCGGGCUCGCGGGCGGUGCCUCAGGGUUCUUCUUCUUCUUCUUGAUAGUCCUAGCUUCCUUCUGGGCCGGGAGCGGCUUCGUGACGUUCCUCUCCGGCGUCAUACCGCAUGUUAUGGUGGGCUACACCGUGGUGGUGGCCAUACUGGCCUACUUCCUUCUCUUCAGCGGCUUCUUCAUAAACCGGGACCGGAUUCCAGACUACUGGAUUUGGUUCCACUAUCUAUCCCUAGUGAAGUAUCCCUAUGAAGCGGUGCUGCAGAAUGAGUUCGACGACACGACGAAGUGCUUCGUCAGAGGGGUUCAGAUGUUCGACAACACGCCGCUGGGAAGCCUGCCGACGGCGGUGAAAUUGAACGUUCUGAAGGCCAUGAGCAACACUCUGGGACAGAGCUUAACCGGCAACACCUGCAUCACGACCGGCUCCGAUAUACUGAAGCAGCAGGGGAUUACCGACCUCAGCAAGUGGAAUUGUCUGUGGGUAACCGUGGCCUGGGGGUUCUUCUUUAGAGUGCUCUUCUACUUCACACUGCUCGUGGGAAGCAAAAACAAGAGGAGGUAGACACAAACUCAAGCCAAAAAAGUUACAAGGAAUUAAUAAGCUAACUUGGGAGUUGGAUUGUGAAGUUUUGUUCUUUCCUGUACUUCUUUUUUUAUUUUAUAUAAAGUUGGGAGAUGAAGAAGGGUGAAGACUCAACAUGUAAUCUAAGGUCACAAUUUCCUUUU